AUGGCAGCUCCGACGACUGUAGACACAUCGUAUUUCGACAAGUCUCAUUCUUCUGGUACAUUCGCUGAAUCCCCUGGCUCCGCCGUCCUUGUUACUCCUUCCGCAGCUACUAUCUUCUCUGCGGAUUCAUCUCCAGCCACAUCUGUUGCCGGGGCUAGCUUGCAGAAUAUCCCAGAAAUACCAAUUCCACCAAUUCCUACAUCGCCCCCUCGAAACACCGGUGUCGUUGGAAGAUCUAGAAGAGUUUCGCUCGCAAGACAAAGAAUGAAGACUCUAUCGAACCCAGUCGAUUCGGCUAUCAUUGAUACGAUGCUCCAGUCAGUUAGACUGGACGUCCUCUCAGGGUAUGCUUCGGAAAAGCCCCUAGAGGUUAAGCAGCUCACCGCUGCUGUAAACCUGCUAGAGGGUAAUAAGAAGGGAUAUCAGUUGCUCCGAGAACCCAUUCUCAACAGAGGCACAUCGACAAGUCCGAAGGAUCGCCAAGAAUUGAACUUGACCGGGCUUCUGCCGCAUGUCAUGGAGACUCAGGAUAUUCAAUGUAUGCGUGCCAUGAAAAUGAUUCGUAGCCGACAAACCGGAAUCGAUAAGUACUUGUACCUCUCCAGCAUCAAAUCUACAAACCUCGAUCUAUUUUAUAGACUUUUGAUGGACAAUGCAAAGGAACUUAUGCCUAUCGUCUAUACUCCGACAAUUGGUGACGUUUGCCUGCAAUAUAGCACCAUCUUUACAAAGCCGGAGGCUCUGUACAUCUCGAUUAAGCAGCGCGCUAGCUUGGUUACCAUCCUAAAGAAUUGGCCGUAUCCACACCCUGAAAUUUGCGUCGUCACUGACGGAUCCAGAAUCUUGGGUCUUGGUGAUCUCGGAAUCAACGGUGUUGGUAUUCCGAUCGGGAAGCUCGCCCUUUAUGUUGCUGCAGCCGGAAUUGAGCCCGAAAAGACCCUCCCUAUCGUUCUCGACCUCGGAACUGAAAACGAGGAGAAUCUUCGUGAUCCUCUCUACUUGGGUCUUCGUCAGAGACGUGUUCCUAAGCCAGAGGCCCUCGAAUUUAUGGACGAGUUCAUGGCUGCUGCCGCCUCGGUUUUCCCAGAUAUGAUUAUCCAGUUUGAGGACUUUGAGACCGACAAAGCUUUCCAUUACCUUGAUCGUUAUCGAGAUGAGUACAAGUCCUUCAACGAUGACGUUCAAGGAACUGGUGCCGUCAUUCUCUCUGGAUACAUGAAUGCAGUCCGACUUUCGAAUGUUCCUCUUCAAGACCAACGGCUCGUAUUUAUGGGCGCUGGUUCUGCUGGUGUUGGUGUUGCCAAACAAGUCAUGGAGUACUAUACUCGCCAAGGGCUUUCUGAGAUGGAAGCCAAGUCCAAGUUCUACUUGGUCGAUACUAAGGGUUUGGUCACAAUGGAUCGUGGCGACCGACUUGCUGAACACAAGAAGGUCUUCGCCCGAACAGAUAAUGCAGGUCACCAAUUUAAAACUCUUGAAGAUGUUAUUGAAUACGUUCGCCCAACCGCCCUCCUCGGUUUGGCCGCUACAUUCGGUAUCUUCACUGAGAGCGUUGUUCGAGCACUGAAGGUGUCCGUUGAUGCUGGUGGCAUGAAUCGUCGACCUAUUCUCUUCCCACUUAGCAACCCCUUAACAAAGGCUGAGUGUACAUUCCAGCAGGCCGUUGACUGGACUGAAGGCACUGUUAUAUUUGCUUCCGGUUCCCCAUUCCCAUCCUAUACCCCAACCAAUGGUGGUGGCGUUACCUACCAACCAGGUCAGGGUAACAAUGUCUACAUCUUCCCUGGUCUCGGUAAAGGUGCUAUCCUUGCUAAAGCCACUAAAAUCACCGACGAGAUGGUUUAUUCAUCUGCCGUGGCAUUGGCCAACUGUUUGAAUGCAGAAGAAAUUGCCGCCGGUUUGAUCUACCCUAGAAUUGAACGUGUCCGAGACGCUAGUGUUGCCGUAGCCAGAGAAGUCAUGAAGGCCUCACGACGUGAAGGAGUCAGCAAGUUAGAUGAAAACUUGUGGCGCGAAUGGAGCGAGUGGGGCGACGUCGUCAUGGACCAGUGGAUCCAAUCCAACAGCUACGAUCCAGAUCUCAGCAAGCCAAUACAAAUGCGUAGUGGUGGUGGUGGAGCCUCUAAAGGACUAUGGGGCGCUAAAUAA